AUGACCUCCGAGACGCACUCCGUGGGGAUGCCCCCCGAGCUCGACCCGCACGACACGGCGCCGCCGCCGCUGCCGCCCUGGCUCAAGGGGUUCUUGGUCACGAGCAAGAACGCGGCGGACGUGAAGCGCGCGGGCGAGGAGGUCGCCAAGCUCUGCUCGGACUUUUGGUUCAAAGCCGCGUACGACGAGCAAGUCCCCGCGUCGAUGGUCGGGCAGCCGGGCGUGACCGCGGUCCCGUUUGACACCGCGGAGUCCCUGCACGUCCCCGGGUGCAAAGGCACCGUGUUCGUCGCGCUCCGACCGGACAACACGACCGUGGACGUGCGGUUGCUCGCGAAGGGGCUCAUAGAAGAGAGCGACGCCGUCGGCGGCCCGGACGCGAAAGGCGAGGCGUGGACGAAGACCGCGCACACGCGGCGGAUAAUUCCGAUCGAGAGGAUCGCCCCGGAGACGGACUUCGACGAGCUCGCGGAGAAGGUGAUCUCAUGGCACUUCCCGGAGCUUCCGCCGGAGAAGCGUAAGGACCCGCUGACGACGUUUAGGGUUCACUUCGAAGAGCACUCGCCCGCGUUGCACUUGAAGAAGCUCGAAAUCGCGAAGAAGAUCGCGGACUUGGUGCCUGAGGACUCGUACAAGGUGGACCUUAAGCACGCGGACCUCGUGAUCCUGUGCGUCGUCGCCGGCGGCUGCGCGAUGAUGUCCGUCGUCGAGGGCUACGACGACCGGAUGCACCACUUCACGAUCCAUCCGGAGAAGCAGCCCGCGUCGCCUCCGGCGGCGUAA